UCUUUACCCUGCUAGUGUCCUUGCCCGCUCAACCCAGCCUGACAGCCUCAGCGCCUCACAUGGCCCUCUGGCUCAUACAUAUGGAGGAGGAUAGGGAGAGGAGAGGAAUAACAACCACAGAAACCCUCAAUCCCUCAGUUCUUCUUCCUGAUAAUAGGCUCGACUGUCUGACCAAGGGACCCCACAUCAGUUGGAACCGAAAGAACAACCCAGACCCUUGGAACACAUACGGUCCACACUAUCAGUACAAGUUGGUGGCCGUCAAUAUGGACUACAAGGCUCUGAAGAAGGAGGGCCCUGACUUCUAAAGGUCCUUCAGGCAACUCCAGGAGCACCAAGUUUGGCAGGACCUCCUGUCAUCCUAGUGGCAGGGUCGGGGCAGCCUGAGCCUCGGUCGGGUCCUCUGUCUGUCCCCUCUGCUGUCUCUUCAGAAUGCACACCAUUUCAUAUGAACUGUCUUUUCCGUGCACUAACCUACAGUUAUAGAAGCAAUUGUCUGCAUGUGCACAGCAAAUAUUGUUAUUAUAACCUACCUGUCUCUUCAGACACCACCCUACAGUAUAAAUCUCUUCAUGCAUAAAAACCCUAAAGAGAUGUCAUGUAACAGGCUCUUUCACUUUCACAACCCUACAGUUAUUGUAACCUGUCUCUCUUCACGAUGCACAACAGCACUGUUAUAGAUCUGUCUCUUUAUUUUCAUGCACAGAAACCCUAAGGUGAUGUAUCCUUCUUCAUGCACAGCAACCCUAAAGUGAUGUAUCCUUCUUCAUGCACAGCAACCCUAAAGUGAUCUAUCCUUCUUCAUGCACAGCAACCCUAAAGUGAUGUAUCCUUCUUCAUGCACAGCAACCCUAAAGUGAUCUAUCCUUCUUCAUGCACAGCAACCCUAAAGUGAUGUAUCCUUCUUCAUGCACUGCAACCCUAAAGUGAUGUAUCCUUCUUCAUGCACAGCAACCCUAAAGUGAUGUAUCCUUCUUCAUGCACAACCCUGAUGUUACAUAACUGUUUCUUAACGCCAGCUUGAAAACAACACUAUUAAACAUCAGUC